UUAUAGAUAAUAAAAUUUAGAACAAAAAAGAAGUUAAAUUUGAUUUAACCUUUAUAUUAAAUCCUUGCAAACUUCUCGCCCAGAUCUCAUUCGAAUUUCAGCCGAUUUUUGUCAAUCAAAAACUAAUUAGUGCCUAUGCUAUCGGCGGAGGCUCUGAAGUCUUAAUCAUAUUACAGGGCACUAUUAGCAAGAAAUAGUACCUAUCAUACUUUGAGUAAAACAAGAUCGAAGUAAGUAAGUAGAUAUGUAUUAGGCGGAGAAGGACGAAACUAUACAUAGCUAUACCCUCAUCUCAUCUUCACAACGGAACUACGAUGGUUAACAGCGUAAGUAUAACACGGCAGUUCCAAUUGUGUUGGAUAAAAGCUUGCGUCGCGUGGUCACCAGUGAUCAGUCGGUAUCAACGCACCACGCAUGUCGUACGCCCGCACUGCCCUGUUCUGCGCAUGUGCGCUCGCUGUCAACGCCGUGGCACACGCUGCGCCGGCGCUGCCCGCCAGAUCCGAUAAUAGAGGAUCGAAAAUGGUGCAAGAAGAAUCGAUAGUCAUAAGAAGAUUGCCCGAUGCAUACUUCUAUCCUUUCAGUUUGUGGCCUCUACCCAGAUAUAAAAUUAGGAUAGAAGAAGAAAUGAGGAAUUCUAAAAGAAAUAAUACAGUGGAAAGAAGAAAUGAAAGAUAAACUCAGGAUUCAAUUAAUUGGUUUCUUUUAAGGCUAUUUGUAAAAUAUUUAAUUUAAGAAUAGUGUAGGAUUUCGAUUGUUAUUAUUUUGUAUAAAUAAAUUAACAGUUGCAUAUUCUAAAACACUAUAAUUUGUAGGUGAUUAAAAGAAAAUACUAUGUCAAAAGUAAGUAGAAACUUGGAGCUUCGUAACAUAAUGAUUAGUUAAGGUAAGUAAAUAUCAUUUUAAAGGGAUGUAAAUUGUAUUUGGCAAAAUAAAUUAAGUUUGUUUAAGUACACAUACUUGUUUUACUGUUUCUUACUUUAAACAUCUAAUUUCUAGUUUAUAUUAUAAUCGUCGUAAUAGAAAAGAAGUACCUGAGCUUCAUUUGAUUGUACAAAAUUCGCAAUUAACGAUACGCAGAUAAAAACUUUGACCUAGUAGAUACCCACUCUGUAAAUAUUUCAAUGAAAGAUAAACAUACAUCCUACAUCCAAUCCAAAAUGGUAUGAUGAAAGUUUCUAGCUAAGUACAAGAAAGAACAGUCUUAGAUAAAUGUCGCAAAAUUUUUGCACCCUCAGCAGACUAGUAACGCCAUCUAUGUGUAUCCCGAAGGGAACAUUGCUUCCUGUUUCCCGACCCACGAACCUAGAAGGUUGUAAGUCCACUAUUGAUCGCGCAUGCGUAAUGACAGGCUCAUCUCCUCCUUCGGACAGCAUCUCGCGAUUUGUAAACAUGUGUCCCUAAAAAUAUUCGCAAAUACAUUAAAAUACCGUGCAAUAUGAAGUGGGGACUAAUAUUUGUGAUCUUGACAUAUGCAAGAAACUGUCUGGGGGUAAAGCUUCUCGAAGCGAAUCCAGACGUGAAGAGGUUGUAUGACGAUCUGCUGAGCAACUACAACCGUCUGAUACGACCGGUGACGAAUGUGAGCGACAUCCUGACGGUGAGGCUCGGCCUGAAGCUGUCACAGCUGAUGGAGGUCAACCUCAAGAACCAGGUCAUGACUACAAACCUGUGGGUGGAACAGAAAUGGUUCGACUAUAAGCUCCAAUGGAAUCCCGACGACUACGGCGGUGUUGAGAUGUUGUACGUGCCCUCUGAACACAUCUGGCUGCCUGAUAUCGUGCUGUAUAAUAAUUGGGAUGGGAAUUAUGAGGUGACACUUAUGACAAAAGCCACAUUGAAAUACACCGGAGAAGUGAACUGGAAGCCGCCCGCGAUCUACAAGUCAUCGUGCGAGAUCAACGUCGAGUAUUUCCCAUUUGACGAACAAACUUGCUUCAUGAAGUUUGGAUCCUGGACCUACAAUGGAGCACAGGUGGACUUAAAACACAUGGAUCAGUCUCCAGGCAGCAGUUUGGUGCAUGUGGGCAUAGAUUUGAGCGAGUUCUAUUUAUCAGUGGAAUGGGACAUACUGGAAGUACCUGCGACGAGGAAUGAAGAGUACUAUCCUUGUUGUCCAGAACCGUUCUCAGAUAUAACAUUCAAACUGACGAUGCGACGAAAAACUUUGUUCUACACAGUCAACCUAAUCAUACCGUGUGUUGGACUCACGUUUCUUACUGUCCUGGUCUUCUACCUGCCUUCAGACUCCGGGGAAAAGAUAUCGCUCUGCAUCUCCAUCCUGGUGUCCCUCACUGUGUUCUUCCUUGGUCUGGCUGAGAUCAUUCCGCCAACAUCCCUGGCAAUCCCCUUGCUUGGGAAAUAUCUACUAUUCACGAUGAUACUCGUCUCGCUCAGCGUUUGGGUGACUGUUUGCAUACUUAACGUGCAUUUCAGGUCCCCUUCGACUCAUACAAUGUCGCCAUGGAUGAAGAAACUGUUCCUGCAGCUGAUGCCAAAACUCCUCAUGAUGAGGAGGACCAAGUACUCGCUCCCGGACUAUGAUGAUACCUUCGUGUCUAAUGGAUACACCAAUGAACUGGAAAUGAGCCGUGACAGUCUGACCGACGCCUUCGGUGAUUCCAAGGACAAUGGUGAUUAUCGCAAGUCACCAGCGCCAGAAGACGAUAUGCUGUCAACUAGUGCUCAUCAAAGACCAUCGGUGACUGAAUCUGAGAACAUGCUGCCUCGCCACCUGUCCCCCGAGGUGGCUGCCGCCCUGAAGAGCGUGCGGUUCAUUGCUCAGCACAUCAAAGACGCCGACAAGGAUAACGAGGUUGUUGAAGACUGGAAGUUCAUGUCCAUGGUAUUGGAUCGGUUCUUCUUGUGGCUGUUCACCAUCGCCUGCUUCGUUGGCACCUUCGGCAUCAUCUUCCAAUCACCUUCUCUCUACGAUACCAGGGUACCAGUAGACCAGCAGAUCUCGUCUAUUCCGAUGAAGAAGAAUAACUUCUUCUAUCCAAAGGAUAUUGAAACUAUUGGGAUUAUAAGUUAAAUUAAUUAUGAGCUUUUUUAUGCCAUGUAUUUUUUUAAUAUUAAUUGUCAGUUGUCGUGUUUCUUUGUUCAGUUUUAAAGUUGGUUGAUGCGGUCAAAUGUAUAGAACUGUUUUUGCAUUUGGAAUUAUGGAAGACACGGAGUAUUAAAGUAAUCAAUGGAAGAUCUGCGAUUUAAUGAAUAUGAAUGUGUCCAUACAUUGUUUUUUUUUCCAUCAUCGUUUACGCCUGGUGCAACGACGUGUGUCUCCAGAAUUACAUUAGAGUUUUAUGUCAGUUAAACAUUUACGUUUUUAAAUAUUAAUUUAUUUAUUCGUGUAAGAAAAUAAAAAAGGUAUUGUCAUCAUAUAUCGCAGGGUUUUAGGUUACUUCCCUUGCUUAUACUUAACUUAGAUCUUAAAAUAAGAUACCCAGUAUUAAAACUUUGCUCACAUAUUCACCAUUUAAUAAAUGUAGGUACAGUUAUUAAAGGAAAAAAUUAAAUAAUUACACAAGUAUAAAGGUACGUAAUAUUUAAGUUCCUUAUGAAUAGUAUAAAUUAGACA